AUGUCUUACCACGGCCCAAACCGCGAGGGCCUCGGCGAGGACAUUGAGGAGGCCGAGGAGGCCUUCAUCGAUCUCGAGGACCCCAACAUUGAGAUUCUCGACGAGGCUACCCUGCCCGAGGAGGACGGCGACGAUGCCUCUGAUGUAGUUGAUAAUCAUGCCGGAAUGGAUGUGCAGGACCGAGACAACGAGGAGGAUGGCGAGAGUCUGCAUCUGGGUGCCGAGGUGGAGGAUCUGAACGCGGCCCCCGACCAUGAGCCAGAGCGCGACGACGCCUUCGCAACGUUCGUGGCACCGGCGAAAAAGCCUCUGCACGCCAUCACCGUGCACCCACAGAACGAGCGCAUCUUUGCUGUGGGCGGGGAAGGGGAGGAGGUGUACAUCUUGGAGCUGGACGACGCUGACAAGGAGCCGGUGCUCAAGGCUACUCUCACGGGGCAUACCGACACCGUUAGCCUUCUCUCCUUUUCCACGAACGGGGAGUGGAUGGCCAGCGGCAGUCUCGAUUCGAGCGUCGCUGUGUGGUCGACAGCGACAUGGGAGCGCAAGCACACACUGCGCGAUCUCUACGGCGAGAUCAUGACGCUCUUGUGGCACCCCUCCAGCCUCAUCCUCGCCGCCGGCGCCGACGACGCCCAAGCCGCCAUGUGGAAUGUUGUCAAGGGCACUCUCGUCAUGUACUUUGUUGGCCACCGCGGUGCUGUUACCUGCACUGCCUGGUCACCAGACGUUAAGAAGCUGGUGACCGGCAGCAGCGACGGGACCGUUGCCGUUUUCAACCCAAAGACGGGGGAACAGGAGCUUAGCAUAUCGAAGGAUCUGAGCCCCGACAAUGCUGGCAUCACUGCACUGCAAUUUGUGAAUGACGACCAGUGUGUGGUGGGCUGCGAAGAUGGCACGUUGCAUGUGAUUUCUUUACGAAGUGGCAAGGUGGCGACGCACUUCGAAGACCUGCAUGAGCAGGCCAUCGAGUCGCUGGCCAUGAACAGGAGCUCUCUGCUACUCUUGACAGCCAGCUGUGACUGCCGCGUCAUUGUGUGGAAUGUGGCCGACUUCUCUCCUCGUACGACAUUGGAGGUUGGCGAAAGCGUCAUUCCCGCUUUGUGGUCUCAUUCGAACCUGAUCGCCGCCGGGUGCAGUGACGCCACGAUCCGUGUAUGGGACGGACGGUCCUCGGCGCAGGAGCCGCUAGCGGUGCUUAUGGGCCACCGUCGCAUGGUCCUUAGUCUUGUAACCACGUCGACCAUCCUUGCGAGCACAAGCGACGACGGCACCGCCAAAUUCUACCGCUUCACGGAGGCGCUUCAGUAA